UGGAGCUGAGGAGCAGAGCUUCGCUGAUCCUGAGCUGUGUGUGAUCUGCACCUUCAUCCUCUCCAUCCAUCCUCAUAUAAAAGUGGAUUAUACUUCACUCCAGCAAUGGAUUCUGGAACCCUGGGAGGACUGUUGGCCAUUAACCCCUUCCAUCCCGUGCAGCUGUGAACACGCUGGAUGCCUAAUGACAAGAUCUGGGCACUUUCCUGUCUCCAGCUUCUUCUAUUAAUCCUGCAGGGUCCAAGAUGCUCGAUUCUUCAUUACACAGGGGUCCCCAGGCUGCAGGGUCUUCUUAGAGAUGAUGACAUGAUGAUGGAAGGCCCAACAAUAAUUCAAUGCAUGGGAAGGAUAAAUUGUUGAAAAAUGGGAAUCGGGCACAUGUAUGGCAGUCCCUGCGGAUGGCAGAUCACUGUUGAAUAAUUGGAAUACUCAUCCAGUUUCCAAUCUUAGAGGACAAGUAAUGUUCCUAUUAUUUUGACUUUGGGUGGAAAAAGGGAGUGAAGAACGGCAGCAGGAUGUAUUUAAGAAAUGGGCCAGCCCCAGGCACCGGUCCCAGGCGGACCAUGCACAAGUAUCUGCUGUUCGUGACUCUUCUGCUGCCUCUUACAAAAGCCGAUUUUACACUCCAAGAAGUCAAACCGUUCGUAUGGAAAUCAGGUACAUGGGGUCAGUGUAUAGGUGAAUGUGGACCUGGUGGACUACAAAGCCGCUCAGUUUGGUGUGAACACGGAGAAGGUUGGGUGGCUCAUGUCAAAAACUGUGAUCCCCAGGAUGAGCCCGCGAGCCAAAGGAACUGCUUUAAAAUCUGCGACUGGCACAGCGACCUCUUUUAUUGGGAACCUACAGAAUGGGACACAUGUGUUCUUGUGCCCUACGUCCAAAGUGAGGUCAGAACCAGGACCUCGGAGUGUGUCACUGCUCAACAAGGAAUACAGGACAGAGAGGUCAUCUGUAUCCACAAGGUCAACCGGUCUAUGGUACAGUCCGAAAUCUGUGAACACUUUUCCCCAAGGCCACCAGUAGAACAAGCUUGUCUAGUACCCUGCCCUCAGGAUUGUAUUGUUUCCGAAUUCUCACCGUGGUCUACAUGUAGUAAAAGCUGCGGCACCCAUCUCCAGCACAGAACGCGUUCCGCUCUGUCUCCUCCUGCGUAUGGCGGUGCAGAUUGUCCAAACCUCACCGAAUGGAGGUCUUGUCCUAUUCUCGGCUUUUGCUCUUUCGGAGAGGAGGAAUAUACCUACAGUCUUAAGGUGGGGCCGUGGAGUGAGUGCCGGCUGCCUCAUUUGAAAGAAAUUAGUCUGAGUGGAAGGACCAUGUUGGAUUUUGGUUCGGAUUCUGGGGAAAGGAGUUCAUUCAGACAAGAAGGCUCCAGGUCCUACGAGCGAUCGGAUACUUGGGAUUUGGAGAUUGGUUAUCAGACAAGGCAGGUGCAGUGCACACGGAGCGAUGGAAAGAAUGCUCUACUAAGCAUCUGCACCCAGGACAACAUGCCUCUACAUUACCAGUCUUGUCUGAUGCCGAAAGACUGUGAAAUAUCGGAGUGGUCCGAAUGGAGCGUCUGUUCUAAGACCUGUCAGCCUGAGGGAAAUCUUCUUGGACUAAGGAGCAGGAGGAGGAACGUCAAACACAGGGCUAUCGGAGGAGGGAAACCCUGUCCAGCACUAGAAGAAGAGGAGGCGUGUGAAACGGGAGGACGUCAGCCGCCAUGUCUUGGCUUUGUUUGGAAAUCCUCGGAAUGGACAGAAUGUAAAAUAUCACUGCUCACCGACCAGGACUCUACUUCCCGGGUAGAAGAUGCAGCACAAUGUGGUGGUGGUAUUCAGACUCGUCAGGUUUUCUGUGCUCAACGUAUGACAGAUCAAGGCAUGAAUAAAGAAGCUUUUAGACCUGUAGAACGGGACUUUUGUGUGGAGCCGGUACCAUCGGCAGUUCAGUUUUGCAACAUCCCUUGCCCAUCGGAUUGCUUGUUAUCUCCAUGGAGUGACUGGGGACCAUGUAUACAUGAAAAUUGUCUAGAACGUCAUGGGAGAAAAGGUUUUAAAUUCAGAAGAAGAGAAGUCGUAGUGGAGCCAACCAAAACUUCUGGAAAUUGUCCUCAUUUGGUGGAAUCAGUCCCGUGUGAAGAUCCUGUAUGCUAUAGGUGGGCAGUAUCUGGACAGUUACACUGCGUACCUGAAAAUGGAGAAUGCGGACAUGGAAGAUAUGACAUAAAUACAACGUGCCUGGGGGAGAAUGGUCUUCCCGUCUCCGCAGACCUUUGUGUGGAGGAGCCCCCUGUGCAGCUGCUAUGUAAGGUGCCCUGCAGUCUGGACUGUGUCAUCAGUGAAUGGUCGGACUGGUCGCAGUGUUCCAGGUCUUGUUCGACUAAGAAUGCAGAAGGGAAGCAAAGCAGAAGCAGGUCGAUCCUGGCCUAUCCUGGAGAAGGUGGAAAGCUUUGUCCUUCAAACCAAGCCUUGUACGAAUAUCGAUUGUGCAACGACCAUCCGUGCUCAACAUUUUACUGGGAGGCAUCGCCAUGGGAACCGUGCGCGGCGGACGGAAAGAUCGCCCAACAGAACGGCACCCUCGGCCGCAAGGGCAAGGUGGAGUGCGGCCUGGGGGUGCAGGCUCGGAGGGUCUCCUGCAUCAAGAGCCAUGGAGGCCAAGUCACCAGCAAAAGGUGCCCGGAAUCUACUAAACCCGAAACAGUCCGGUCCUGUACUUUACCUUGUGCUAAGGAUUGUAUUGUGACUCUAUUUAGUGAAUGGAGUCCGUGUCCCAAAACAUGUCAGCCUGGGAACAACUCAGUGGUCAAGCAAUCCCGAUACAGGAUAACCCUCCAAGAUGCUGUGAAUGGUGGUCAGGAGUGUCCAGAUACUCUGUACGAGGAGAGAGAAUGUGAGGAUGUCCCCAUCUGUCUGAUGUACAGGUGGAGACCUCAGGAGUGGAGCCAGUGCAUCCUGGUGCCCGAUUACGUGAGACAAGGCAUCGCGGGGGCCACUGAAUCAUGUGGCCCCGGGAUACAAUCUAGAGAGGUCAACUGUGUGACUGCCGAUGAUCGUCCUGCAGAUGUGACUGACUGUCUGAGGUGGGCCGGUCCGGCCCCAUCUUCAUCACAGGAGUGUAAGGUCCCCUGCAAAGAGGAUUGUACAUUUACACCAUGGACUAAAUUUACCUCUUGCACACCAGACUGCACUUCAUCUAAAAUAAGGAGAAGAUCUCUUACUGGGAGAAGCAAGAAGCGGGACAGAUGUCAGAACGCAGAGGCUUAUCCGUUACUGGAGACCGAGGCGUGCGCCUGUGAAGUAUAUAAAUCUCAGCCGUAUGGAAAUUGGUCCGACUGCAUAAUACAAGAUGCAAGAAAUGAGAUGCAGCUGGGAGCGAGAACUCGGGGAAUCAUGAAAGGCUGUGGCGGAGGCAUCCGACUCCGAGCCGUCGCUUGUUAUGAUUUAACAGGCAGGAUAGUGGAGCCCACUCUCUGUAGUCAUUCUGGAUACCUUGAGGAAUCAUGUGAAAUUUCCUGCCCAUUUGACUGUAAGCUGAGUGACUGGUCCAGCUGGUCCUCCUGCAGCGCCUCCUGUGGAACUGGAGUGAAAGUUCGAUCCAAAUUUUUGAAAGAAAAACCUUAUAAUGGGGGACGACCCUGUCCAAAGCUGGAUCUUAAAAAUCAGGUCUAUGAGGCCGUCCCGUGCUACAAUGAAUGCAAUCAGUACUUGUGGGUGACUGAGCCGUGGUCUGCCUGCAAACUGCACAGCGAGGAGAAGACGGCGAACUGCGGGGCGGGAAUACAGAUCAGGAGAGUGCGAUGUGUGAACAUUUCUGACAAUGCUGAGGAUGCAUUUGUAAAUGAUACAUAUUGUAUCCACCUGGAAGUGCCCUCGGCCCGGCAGGACUGCGCCAUUUCAUGCCCCGGGGAAUGUGUGAUGUCUAAUUGGGGUCAGUGGAGCCGAUGCACGAAGUCAUGCGACACCAACUCCUCGAGGUCAAGGAGGAGAUUUCCACUGAGAAUAGCGACUAACGGAAAGACUUGUCCUGAGAACUUGGAAACGGAGCCGUGCGUCCUGAACAGUAAUUGUUUCCACUACCAGUAUAAUGUCACAGAGUGGAGCGCCUGUCAGCUCAGUGAAGAGGCCGUCUGCGGAGAGGGAAUAAAAACCCGGCUUCUAGACUGCACCCGCAGCGAUGGAAAAUCUGUAAAAAUGUCCUUUUGUGAACAGCUUGGACUGAAGAAACCUGAAAAGCUGAGUCUUCGGUGUCUGGUAGAAUGUACAAUUGACUGUCAUGUCUCUGAUUGGUCAGCCUGGUCAUCCUGUUCGCACACAUGUGGAGUUGGAGGCCAGCAGACGCGAUCCCGCCUCGUCAAGAUGCAAGCGGAAGGAGACGGGAGACCAUGUCCCACGCAGCUCACCCAGUAUAGAAGUUGUAAAGUCUACCCCUGCUAUUCCUGGAACUUCGGGGAGUGGUCGGUGUGUAAAGUCGAGAACGGUCAAUGUGGAGAAGGACAUAAGUCCCGGAACUUGACGUGUCUGGCGCACAAUGCCUCCAGUACUGCGGUGAAGGUGCGGGUAGAUCCAAAAUUCUGCGGUCAGCUGCCAAGAGAGGAAAGUGCAAUGAGUCUACCCUGCUAUGUGCCCUGUCCAGGUGACUGUCAUCUCACCGAUUGGUCGCAGUGGAGCUCCUGCCAGGUCGCCUGCAUCGAUGGACGCAGUUUUGAAGCCAGUGGUCGCCAGACCCGAUCUAGAACCUUCAUUGUACAGUCCCCUGAGAACCAGGAAAACUGCCCAAGGCCAAUCAUUGAGACUCGACCAUGCACAGGGGGAAAGUGUUUCCGAUACUGGUGGAAGAUGAGCCCCUGGAUGGACAAUAAGAGGACGGUGUGGUGCCAGCGCUCGGAUGGGACAAACGUCACAGGAGGCUGCUCUCCGAACUCCCGGCCGGCAGCUGUUCGACACUGCGACCCACCGUGCAAAAAACCAUUUUCGUAUUGCAUGCAGAGUGGAGUCUGCGGCUGUGAGAAUGGAUACACGCAGAUCAUGAGAUCAAGUGGAGUUCUGGACUACUGCCUGAAGGUUCCCGGCACGGAGUCAAAGAAGGCCGACGUGAAAACAUUUAUUCCAAAGAGCAAACCCAUCAACUCCCAACUCCCGGAGAUAUUCAACUGGUCAAUUCAGCUAUUUGACCAAGAUGGACGAAUAAGUCUCUGGGUCUAUGUCGUGUGUGUUGGCAGCUUUCUUAUCUUGGUUUUCCUCAUUAUUAUCUCUUAUCUAGUCUGCAGAAAGCCACCAGAACCGAAAACUGUAUUUCCUCAACAAAAGCCCCUGACCUUGGCCUACGAUGGAGAUUUUGACAUGUAACUUAUAACUACAAAUUGGAACAUUGAUAUUCAGCUGCCUUAUCUGCUCCUCUGUAUGAGAAUAUCACAUCAUCCCCAAAAAAAAAUUCAAGGGAAAAUUUUUGCUGACCAACAGGACUUAAAUCAAGCAAAAAUGUAUCUGGAAAUCUGGAGUUUGACACUUGUUUCAUGAGACAUGAGCCUUCUGUAUACCUGUGGUCUGUACUGUUUGGAUCUGUAUUGCUAAGUAUGAGAGACAAUAUGGAAGAUGCGGCAUGGCAUAACUCAAGGGGCUCGUAGAGUAUUUGCCUCUAUGGUUGGUUUAAAAUAAUGAACUGGAUUUGGACUCCCGAAAUCUUGUGGACAAUGAGGAAGAACACAAGAUCUGUUUUAAUGCAUCUUGUUCCAUACAUGACCAGAUUUCAAUGUCUUAUUAAAACUUUUUAGACUAAAAUAGCCACAAAUCAACUUAUUCUGACACUUAAAGGAUGGGCCUCAAUGGUCAGAUGACGAGUUAACCUGGACAUGUCUACACUCGUAGGCUCCUCGAUUGGUGUCCUUCCAUACCAGUCAAAACAUUGGUAGAUGUUUCCAUUAAAUUGCACCUUCCACUUCAGUUAAAACCUAUAAAAGUUAAUAUCAUAUCUAUAUAUAGUAUGCCCUUAUUGUAUAGAUGGAGUUGGUAGAUCCUACCGCUCCCUACUGUGUAAAUCUAAACAGUUUUCUCAAUUUGUCAUAUAUUUACAUUGUGAUCUCCUUAGGACAAGCAAGGAUAAAAAUUACCCCCCGCCGCUCCACCAGUAUCGCUUUCUCAUCCUUCGCUGCAAUCUUCUUUCUGCAUCCUGGGCCCAACAUAUCACACUGGGCCCAACAUAAUCACUGGCGGCAACGAUGUCCCACCUCGUCUGGUGAUAAGCUGAGCAGCAGUGUGAUGUAUUGGGCCCAGGCACUGGGAAGAAGAUCGGGGCUGGGCCCAAAACAUCACUUUGUCAUUCAGCCUUUCACCGAGGUGGGAAAUUACUGUGGCCAUCGAUUAGCCGAGAGGCAUUCUGAUGUGUCGGGCCCCAGGGAGAGCGACAUCAGAGGAGUGGCGGGAGGUAAGUCCAGGUUUAUUUUUUUAUUGCAACAGCCUGGGCCUAAUAGUAACAUACAUAGUAACAUAGCUCAUAAGGUUGAAAAAAGACCAGAGUCCAUCAAGUUCAUCCUAUAACCCUAAUAAGUCCCUACUGAGUUGAUCAAGAGGAAGGCAAAAACCCCUCAUAGUAGAGGUAAAAAUUCCAUAUAUGGCAGAAUAGAUCCCUGGAUCAACCUUCUGUCCCUAUAGAUAUAGAAUCCAUAACCUGUAUUGUUAUUAUUCUCCAAAAAUUCAUCAAGACCCUUUUAAAUUAUUUUACAGAGUUCACCAUGACCACCUCCUCAGGCAGAGAUUUCCACAGUCUCACUGUUCUUACAGUAAAGAACCCCCAUCUGUGCUGCUGUAGACUCCUUCUUUCCUUUAAACGUAGAGGAUGCCCCCUUGUUAUAGAUACAGUCCUGGGUAUAAAUAGAUCAUGGGAGAGAUCUCUGUACGGUCCCCUGAAAUAUUUAUACAUAGUUAUUAGGUCGCCCCUAAGCCUUUUUUUUUCUAAACUAAAUAACCCUAAUUCUGAUAAUCUUUCUGGGUACUGUAGUCCUCCCAUGCCCCGUAUUACUCUGGUUGCCCGUCUUUGAACCCUCUCCAGCUCUACUAUAUCUUUCUUGUACACUGGUGCCCAGUACUGUACACAGUAUUCUAUGUGUGGUCUGACUAGUGAUUUGUACAGCGGUAGAAUUAUUUCCUUGUCGUGGUAGGGAUCGACCGAUAUUGUUUUUUUAGGGCCGAUACCGAUAAUCGGUGGAGGUUAGGGCCGAUAGCCGAUAACUUGUACCGAUAUUCCCGUGUAAGUUAUCGGCUAUUUAUCCCCCCGCGACACCGCUGCAGAUCAUUGAUUUAAAGCGGCGCUUUAAAUCAAUGAACUGCAGUGGCUUUUGCGGUGCCAUAGACCGCCGCCACCCGCUUCUCUCCCCCUGCCUGUCCGGGGGUCCUGAGUCCUAUCACUGCCAUUGUUUACCGCUUUACAGAGUUUAGUAUAAUCUGCAAAGCUUGCUACUUUACUAUUCAACCCCUCUACAAGGUCAUUAAUAAAUAUAUUAAAUAGAACAGGACCCAAGACUGACCCCUGUGGUCCCCACUAGUAACAGUCACCCAAUCAGAAUAAGUACCAUUAAUAGCCACCCUCUGUUUCCUAUCACUGAGCCAGUUACUUACCCACUUGCACACAUUGUCCCCCAGCCCCAUCCUUCUCAUUUUAUGCACCAACCUUUUAUGUGGCACUGUAUCAAAUGCUUUGGAAAAAUCAAGAUAUGCAACAUCAAGCGAUUGCCCCUGGUCCAGUCUGGAGCUCACCUCCUCAUAAAAGCUGGUCAGGUUAGUUUGACAGGACCGAUCCCUCACAAAGCCAUGCUGAUAUGGAGUCAUACAUUUAUUUUUAUCAAGAUACUCCAAAAUAGCAUCCCUUAGAAAACCCUCAAACAAUUUACAUACAAUGGAGGUUAAACUAACAGGUCCAUAAUUCCCAGGGUCACAUUUUGACCCCUUUUUAAAUAUUGGCACCACAUUUGCCAUGCACCAGUCCUGGGGAACAUUUCCUGUCACUAUAGAGUCCUUGAAUAUUAAAAAUAGGAGUCUGUCUAUUACAUUACUUAAUUUCUUUUAUAACACGGGGGUGAAUGCCAUCGGGACCUGGUAAUCUGUCUAUUUUGAUUUUUUGUAGUCGGCACUGUACUUCUUCCUGGGUAAGACAAAUGACCUGUACUUCUUCCUGGGUUAGACAUGUGACCUGUACUGGGGAGUUUACCUUAUCUUGUUGUAUUUCAACUGGCAUUUCAUUUUCCUCAGUGAAUACAGUAGAGAAGAAUUUGUUUAAUAUAUUUGCUUUUUCCUGAUCCACGUUUAUAAUUUCCUCCUCAUCAUUUUUUAAAGGGCCUACGCAUUCAUUUCUAAUCUUUUUGCUAUUUAUAUAGUUAAAGAACAUUUUGGGGUACGUUUUACUCUUUUUGGCAAUGAGUCUGUCUCUAUUUUUGCGGCUUUUAUCUUUUUUUUACAUAAUUUACAUUUUUCUCUAUAGCUUUUUAAUGCUUCUACACUGCCGUCCCAUCCAUGGAAAAGUAGUUGCAUAGGAAAACACCAAAUUUUUGCGGUACCGAUCUGAAAUAGGAGGUGCACUUUAAUAAACCCAUAGGCGAGCACUUCAGUGUGCAGAUAACAGGAUGGAUCUGUCAUAUCUCGAUCCAUUUAGCAGACGUCAUAGACAAGUCAUCUCCAAACUGUACCUCCCUGGCUGCUGCAAAACUACAACUCUCAACAGUUUUGCAACAAUCAGAGACCCACAGCUUUGAAUGAUUGACAUAGACUGUGCCCAGCUUGAUACAGUUGCCAUAUAAUCAUUCUUUCAGCUCUGGAACAUAGGUGGCACUGUCAUCUGUAAGUCAUAUGAAUACCGACUAGCUCCCCCCGCCACCCCUACCCCAAGUAUAAUAUGUAAUUGUACAUAAUGUAUAUAGUUGAUCUCUUACCACAUUUUAACACCUACAGAACAGUUUUUUCUAAAUGGGAUUUUGUGAUAUAUUUAUAACCCGAAUUUUGUAUUUAUGUACAAAUCUGUCACAUCCGUACACCUUGACCAGAGAAGCCUUCAACAAAAGACUCAUGAUGGAUUCAGUUAUUAUUGCAAAUAAACCGAUGAGAAACAUUC